UAUCGAUAUCUUUUCUUUUUUAACCACUGAAUCUUAAUUCGGUAUUCCGAAUUCCCAAGAUAUCUUUUUUUUUUUACACUUUAAUUUCCAAAUAAGUUAUAUUUAAACCUUAUGUGUACAUAAUAGCUAUAAAAAUAUAGUGUUACAAUUCCCCAACAACUGUAAAAUAAAAGAUCAUGUCUUUAUACCCUGAAAACGUUGGUAUCUUGGCUGUAGAAUUAUAUUUUCCAAAAAGAUAUGUCGACCAAGCCGAACUUGAAAAACAUGAUGGAGUUUCGGCAGGAAAAUAUACCAUCGGAUUAGGACAAACUAAAAUGGGAUUUUGUGAUGAUCGAGAGGAUAUCAAUUCUAUUGCAUUAACAGUCGUUCACAAUCUUAUUGAAAAAUAUAAGAUCUCUUAUAAUGAUAUUGGUCGUAUUGAGGUUGGAACUGAAACCAUAAUUGAUAAAUCAAAAUCGGUAAAGUCUGUAUUAAUGCAACUUUUCAAAGAAUCUGGAAAUACUGAUAUUGAGGGAAUAGAUACCACAAACGCAUGUUAUGGUGGUACUUCUGCCCUUUUUAACGCGAUAAAUUGGAUAGAAUCAUCAUCAUGGGAUGGGCGAUAUGCUAUCGUUAUUGCUGGUGACAUUGCUGUCUAUGCAACAGGUCCAGCUCGCCCAACUGGUGGCGCCGGAUGUGUUGCUUUGCUUAUUGGCAAAGAUGCUCCAAUCGUCUUUGAUCGUGGUCUUCGAGGAACUCAUAUGGAACAUGCUUGGGAUUUCUAUAAACCUGAUUUGUCAUCAGAAUUCCCAGAGGUUGAUGGUCAGCUUAGCAAUGAAUGUUAUCUUAAAUCAUUAGAUAAAUGUUAUGAUCGCUAUAUGACGAAACUUACUACAAAAGAGAAAGUUGAAACCCCCACAAUAAAAUUAUUUGACUAUGUACUCUUUCAUGCUCCUUAUUGUAAGCUUGUACAAAAGUCAUAUGCACGGUUAUAUUAUAAUGAUUUCAAACGUAAUCCUGAUAAUUCCAUUUUCGCAUCUGUUCAACAAUUCAAAGAUAUGAGUGCAGAAGAAUCUUUUCGUUCAAAAGAUCUUGAAAAAGCCUUUAUUACACUUUCAAAAUCGGAUUAUAAUAAAAGAGUCAUACCAACCCUUUUAGCUGCAACUCAAAUUGGAAAUAUGUAUUGUGCUUCAUUAUAUGGAUCACUUGCAUCAUUGUUGUCCAAUGUUCCAUCCGAUGAACUAAUUGGAAAACGCGUAGGAAUGUUUUCAUAUGGAUCGGGACUUUCAUCAUCAUUUUUUUCAUUUCAAAUUAAAAAAUCCAUUGCAGACAUUAGUAAAGUAUUAGAUGUACCAAAUCGGCUUAAAUCUAGAUUAGAGUUAACACCAAAACAAUUUAGUGAAGUAAUGAGAUUAAGAGAAGAAACUCAUGGAAAAAAAGGUUAUAAACCUGUAGGAGAUGACUCUUUAGUAAAAGAUGCAUUUUUUUCGGGAACUUAUUAUUUGGAAGAAAUAGAUUCUAAAUGGAGACGUUCUUAUAAGCGUACAACAUAAAUAAUAAUUUAAUUAUUUAGUUAUUUUUGUAAAUUUUUGGAUCGGUUUAUUGGUUUUUUUCUUUUCAUUAAUCUGUUUAGUUGUAAUUUAUGUUUUUCUGUAUGAUUUUUUGUUUGCAUGCAAGCCAUUCCAAAUAAAUAUUGAUAGAUCCGAAAGAUCACCGAUCAAAUACCUUUAAUG